GAAAGCUCCAAGAAAAUUUAAAAUUAUUAUUAUGAAUCAACCUAUAAAUCAAGUAAUUGGUCAACCUUUAAUACCCCAAAAUGCCAACGCCAAUGCUAAUAUUCUUGUAAAUCUAUCCUUUGAUAACUAUACUGCUGACCAAAAAUAUGAAAAUUUAGUUAAAGGUACAGAUCCGUUUAUUAAAGCACAAAGAACUGAAAAUCAAACAAUUCUUCAAUUUUCGACCGUUAUUUUUUCAGGAUCUUCCUUUUAA